CGCACCCACGCUGGGCGUUGGUGAACCCUGACGAAAGAAAUUCCCCUUCUCUCGCUCCCCCCGUCCCGUGAUGGCAGCAACGGCGCCCGGCGCCGGCGCCGUCGAGGUUUCCAUGGACGACAAGGCCAAGGCUUUGGUGGCCGCGAAGAUCAAGGAAGGGGAGUACAAGGUGCAGAUGAUAGGACAGUACGCGGUGCGGACGGACCGCGCAAUCGAUGCGCUGGAGAAAAAGGUGCAGGACAUCGAGGCGGUGAUGGAUCUCGAGCUGAUGCUCGGCGAGUACUGCGCCGACCUCUCGGACAUGCACAAGGCGCGCCACUACUACCGCGCCACCUCGCUCUCGGAGGAGGAGAAGCUCUACCUCCACCAAAUCGACGACUUCGCCACCGCCACCAUCGCCGAGUACGAGGCCAGCGUCGGCCCCGUCCCCGCCUUCGACAACCACCUCAGCCUGUUCAGCCAAGAAAUCCCACUGGAGUUCCCCGAACCCUUGGCUCCCCCUCCCGCUUCUUCGGCUUCGGCUUCGGCUUCGGCUUCGGCUUCGGCUUCUCACCACGAGUGGGAGCCCAGUUCUGGCUUCUCGUUCGAUCCUCCGUGGAAGCGAGUUUAGCCACUUUCAACUCAAAAGAUGAAGUAGGGAUGUUGGCAGAACGGGAGAUUCUGGCCCAGUUCUUUUGGCCGAUUCUCUCAGAAUCUUGAGAAUCGACCCUCCAUCCAUCUUCUCUCAGAAUUUUGAACCCAUAUUUUUUUGACAAUCCUAGUUGUUUAGAUCCUAACUAGCUAGGAUUGUAAAAAGUUAUGAGUUCAAGAUUCUGGGAGAAGCUGAGGGGAGGCCCGAUUCUCAAGAUUCUGGAAGAAUCGGCCAAAAGGACUGGCCCUCUAUCUCCUUGGGACUCUUCUACGUGUUCGAUUGUAGUAGUCAAUUAACAGUUGAGAUUUGGUACAUUACCUAGAUAGUGGUUGUAGCUCUAUUAGCAUGGCUAGUAGUAAAUUGUUCAGGGGGACAAAAGUAGCCGCUUGGUAAAGUAUUCAGGGUCAAACCAGUUAAUCUACAAUUUGUUCCUCGCUGUCCUCAAGAUCUUCAAAGGAUCUUGACCAAUUAUUAUUCUGUUUCGCCGAACAUUUACCAUUGCA